GAGUACUACAUUAGAGAUCCUCUUAAACGAAAAAAAGAAAGUAUCAUAUGUAUUGGUUUCCUGGUUUAAUUUACUUGAUUUUGGUUUAGUUUAAAAUUCGGGUUAGGGAAAAUAACGACCGUUUGGUGCAAACAACAGACAUUCUACGAGGUGGACCCUACUUUUGUUCUUACAUUGUCACUUUCAAAUGCUCACUUUCUUCUUUUCUUUUUAUCUGUCACGUAGAUACUCUUCAACUUCUAUAAACUCUACAAGAUUCUCUCUCUCUUUCUCUACGAGAAGAUCACACUUUUUAUAACAGUCAUGAGGAACUAUAAGUUCAGAUUUUCAGCUAUGAUCCCGAGUGAAUGGUUCCACAAGCUCAAGAACUUGAUCAAACCCAGAAAAAAACAUACUCUUCCUCCUUCUUGUUCUUUAAACACUACCAAAAAGAAGAAACAUUCUUCUGAGUCUAAUAAGUCUCUUCCUCACUCUUCAAGCUCUUACUUCUCCUGUAGAUCACAUACUUCCUUGGAAGCUAAGAUCCUUCGUAACUCACCAAGAAACUCUGUUCACGUGAUAGAGAGCAAAAGAAAGACUGUUUACAAGCCUUCUCCUCCUUCCUCCUCUUCUUAUGUAUCUGCAGGGUUUAACAAGAAGAAGAUCAACUUUCUUGUGAACCAAGAUUCUUCUUCCUCUGCUUCUUCCAAAGUCAUCGACAUGAAUAGCAGAGGAUUCAAGAAGAGAAUGUUCAAAGAGAUGAAGGUGUUUGACACAACGGAUAAAGCUUGUCCUGUAAGUAACCGAACCAAGGCAUCGCGUAAUCCCCAUCAUCUAUCAGUGAAGAUCAACAAUAGAGAAGAUGCACGUAGAAACCAAAAGAAACAUCAGAGAACAUCAGGAAGAAGAUCAGCAUCAAACUCUCCUCGGAUAAAAAUCAAAGUGAGUUCUCCUAGAGUGCAAGUCUCAGCGCGUAGAAGCAAAUCGAGAUCGCAGAGCAAACAAGUUCUUGAAAGUUUUGCAGUGAUCAAGAGCUCUCUUGAUCCGAAGAAAGAUUUUAGAGAAUCAAUGGUGGAGAUGAUAGAAGAGAACAACAUCAGAGCUUCACAAGACUUUAGGGAACUGCUAGCAUGUUACCUUUCAUUGAAUCCUAAGGAGUAUCAUGAUCUUAUCCUUAAAGUUUUCGUUCAAGUUUGGCUUGAAGUCAUAAACUCCAAAGUUGCGUCCAAGUAAAAACCUGUAUCUGUUGUUAGCUAUAAAUAAUUAUCUGUUAAAAAUAGUUGGUUCUUAUUAAAGAGUGUUUUAUCUUGUGUGGACAUUAUCUUUGCAAGACCAGUUUUUGUGUUUUGCCUGUUUAAUGUAAUAAAGACUAGACCGA